UGAUUUCACACAUACUACGUUACACGUGACGUUUAAACGCGCGCAACCAAAAUAAAGAUAAUUUAAAUUGCACCAUCAGAAACGAUUCGAGCUUAAUUUUACAUUUGAGUGUUUGUGAUGCCUUGAUUGUAUGGCUUUAGCUGAUGCUAUUAGUAGCACUGUUAAUAUUUAUACACACAUUUACAUAUUUUCGGUCUGAAUCUCUUUGUAGGUCAGCAACGAAAACGUAAACAUCAGCCAGAUGUAGUAGUGUGGCAAAUAGCAACAUGAUCAAAACAAGAGCUACAGUUCGUAUUCAGAUUUGAUACCAUCAACUAGCGAGACAAAUAAUAUUCUCGUAGUUUAUUGCUCACCAGCUGGUGAUUACGCAUUUUGCCACAACUUUGCCACUAUUCCAAUCCAAUAUUACAACACCUCUGUUACAUAUCUUUUACACUGUUAUUCUCUUAUACGUAUGCGUGCGUUCGGUUUUAUUAGUGUGCGUAGGCUCGAUGCACGGGUAUAUCGCUUCGUUCUAUCAAACCAUCGGCAAUCCUACCAACACACACAGCGGUUCUAACGCGCGUGCUGUAGAAUUAUUUCUGUUUAGAGUAGCCCCAACAACCGUGGCAGCAGAGUGCGCCGACGUCGUAUUUGCGUCGUCAGCGCGGUACAAGCAGAAAGCAGAAACAUAAAAUCAUUUUCACUGCAUCCCCGGCGCUGCAAAGCGUCUGUGCUGGUUUGCUGCCGUGGGUAGGAUACAGUUCCGUCGAUUAUUUGAUGUGUGCAAAACAAAAAUUGUGUUAUUACGUGCUAUCCGCUACAGUUUAAUCUUUCAACAUUGAGUUGAACGAAUCCUAUGUAACAUCUUCGCGAGUCGCAUUUUUCUAUCGUACACAAAACAAGAAUCGAAACGAAUCAGACAACCACAAUUACCCAUCCCAGUUUAUCAGCGGUCAUUCAUUCUUAAACAAAGCUGUGUUUGUGUUUUCCAAGCUAUGGCUUGGCUAUAAUAUAUAAAUCGUAACAUAAGUGUGCUACGGUGUGUUAACGAGCUGCUGCUUGCAUGGCGGUGGAGAUUGAAGCGUCGGCCGUAACGAAAAGUUUGUGUUAAGUUGUAAGCAAAGGGUUCUACUGUCUCCAUUCAUUUAGCAUCUUGAACAUCGUGACAACAUGUGUUCCCAGGCUGCAUCCGUACAGGGAGUGUUGGAAAAUCAACACACUGAUUUUGGGCAACGGUUCAACGAGAUGCGGAAAAAGAAACACCUAGUCGAUUGUUCAUUCAGCGUAGAUGAAGAUGUUUAUCAUUGCCACAAGCUUAUCCUGUCAGCCGCGAGCCCAGUUUUCGAAGCCAUGUUCUACGGGGCACUCGCCGAAAUGCAGACGGUACAAAUAGCGGAUAUCAAUUCCAGAGUUUUUGAGCGCAUGCUGGAUUACAUCUACGUUGGAGCAGUCGAUUUUGAUGGCAUACAAAACAUUGAGGAGCUGUUGGAACUGUAUUAUUGCGCAGAAAAGUACAUGAUUGAUAGCUUGCACGAAAAAUGCGUCAAUUACUUCGGAAAAAACAUCAAACCAAACAACGUGCUGAAAAUAUUAGACAUAGCGUACAGGAUGAACUUGGACGAUAUUAUAUACUCAUGUAUGUGUGUGUUGAAACACUUUUUUUCAUCGGGAAUGAGCUUGAGUAACAUCAUCCUGGAAAGAAGCCAUCAUCUAUCGAAAAAUUGUGUCGAUCUGAUACUGGAAGAUAACUUUGAAGUUAAGGAUAAUAUAAUAUGUAUGAUACGUGCCUGGUGUAUUACGGAGUGCGAACAAAAUCGGUUAGAAAUCAACAGUGAUAGUAUGAAAACAGUUCUGCAAGAUAUUGAAUUACCCGAUACAUUGAAAGACACGAUUGUUGGAUGCAGUUUUACCAACUUUACACCUAUUGCAGGCGACAAUACAGGUUGGAUACCUGUACAUCGCAUCCAUUAUAAAGCAGUUAGUCCACUGAUUAUCGGGGAUGAGAUGGACUUCGAAGCCAAUAUUAGUACGAACCGAUUUAUCGUGAUAAAAUCGUUAAGCCUGAACAGUCGGCUUCUUCCGCAGCUAAAAGUAUCGGAAGUGCGACAGGAGACGUACACAGAAAAACUAACUGUUGAAAUUUCUUCUAAACAUAGCAAUGAUCGGAAGAAGAUCUAUCAUAAGGAACACCUUAUCUGUGAUGUUGCAUUCAAUGAUAGCCUGCAACUGAGCUUGACCGAACAAAUUGUCUUCUUUCCGGAUGUGAUAUACAUUAUCCGUAUUAAAUGGGACCCAGAUAGUCUAGGCUACGAAUAUCCUCGCUCUAUCCUUUCUGCGUACGGCAAGUGCAAGCAGCUAAUGGUGAAUUUUAGUGAAAAUAUGUAUCUGCAAAAUUCCGGCAGCAUACUCAAUGGCAUAGUUUGCAACCUUUACAAGUGAAUUCUCCGCAAAGUAGCUAAUCUCCACUAGAUGGUCGCAUUUGAUACGCUAGUACUGAUAAUUCAAAUCACAAAAAUGAUUCAAAUAAAACUGUAAACCAACGCAUUUGGUUUUUGAAGCAUA